AUGAACGGCGUUAUUGAGGCGCUGCAUAUUUAUGAUGAGCACAACCAUGCCAUCCUGUCACACACGUACACCUCCCGCCCGCUGUCGGCGCAGCAUCUCCUGCCCCUCUACCUAGAACACCCUGCGCCGCGGCCGAACCUGAUCUACCUCCCGAACACGAACCCGCCGACACUCGUCUUCAGUCUCAACCACGCCAACCUUUUGUUCCUGGCGACCUCAUCAUCCGAGAUCGAACCCCUCCUCGUCCUCGAGUUCAUUCACCGCAUCGUCGACGUCUUUGAGGAGUUCCUCGGCGCUCCCUUACUGGCGCACAAGAUCGAGAGCAACUACGAUGUCGUCGCGCAGCUUCUCAACGAGAUGUGCGACGCCGGAACAAUCAGCACGACAGAGCCGAACGCGCUAAGGGACUUGGUGGAGGUGGAGGGCUGGGUGGGCAAGCUGCUGGGUAGCAUCAAUUUGCCAGGGAAAAGCGGAAACUUUGGCACAGGCUUCGCCAACUCGAGCGCGCCGUCCUUGAUCGCCCAGAAUACCCCGGCGCUGCCCUGGCGCAGAGCCAACGUGCGGCAUACAUCCAACGAGAUGUACGCAGACAUCGUCGAGACCCUAACAGUCACUCUUGCGCCUUCAGGGAGACCAUUGGCGGCGUUUGCAAACGGAACGAUAGCCUUCACGUGUAAGGUGUCUGGCAUGCCCGACAUUGUCAUGAACUUGACAAGUCCAUCUGGCAAGCACAACUUGGCAGGCUUCAUGGACCUCCCCGUGUUUCACCCGUGUGUACGUCUAGCACGGUGGAAGGAGAGGCCAGGCGAGCUCAGCUUCAUACCGCCAGACGGUCGGUUCAUCUUGGCCAGCUACGAGGUCGACCUUUUGCCAUUCACGAACGGCAAGAGUGGUGGUUUGAGCUCGAAUAACCUCAAACUACCUGUCAACAUCGAGGUGAAGACAGGCCUAGGCCCUUUGGGCUCUGAUUUCGAGGUUCGACUGCACGUGAACAGGGUGUUGGGGGGGAGCGGCCCAUCAGCAGCAAGCCAGUACGGAAGAGGUGGCAGCGGGGCAGGACGAGGUUUCGCAGGACCGCACCCCGGUACCCCGUCAUCGCCACUCAUGGAGGAUCUUGUGGUUACGGUACCUCUACCGGCAGAAGUUAGGAACUUGUCUGAGAUACGGCCAAGCAAAGGAGACGCCAGCUUCAACCCCAGUGAACGGGUUCUUGAGUGGCACAUCCCCACGAAGGAACUGUCUUCCGGCACGUCUUACUUCGGUCUUAGAAGCACCGCGGUGGGACAGCUGGCAGACGAGAAUGAAGACGAGUUUGACCCCAAUGGAUUCGGGUUUGGGAAGGCAUAUGGCUACGACGAGCCGUACCAGAGCAGUCCAAUUGAGACGAAGAAGAUGACCGAGGCCGCAGACGAGGAGAAGGAUGCGAAGAAGGUGGCGCAGAACAAGAUGUUGAUGCCGAGCUCAGCGUCGGUCAGCUUCUCGGUCAAGGGGUGGCUGCCAAGCGGGCUCAAAGUGGAAAGUAUCAUGAUCGAUCCGCGGAAGAGCAAAGGCUUGGGAGAGGGCGUGAAGCCAUACAAGGGUGUCAAGUACCUGACAGUCAGUAAGGGCGGUGUAGAAACGCGGUGUUAG